GUGUUGUGAGUGUUUUGUCAGAGUUCGUAUACAGUAUAAUUCAAAAAGAAAAAAAAAAAAGUAUAUACAUAUAUGAGGAUAUGCAGCAAAAGAUAUAAAAAUAAUAAUUGGAACAACGUUAUUACCUGUUACCAUUUACCAAACAUGGCAUGAAGUAGUAGUCAGAUAAAUCCACAAAUUUUUCAUUUCAUUUAAGAAGAAAAAAGUGAUUGAAUGCCUAAACCCAGAUGAAAUCAAGCACCUUUACAACCAAAUCCAUGCUCUGAGGUUAUGAUUGUUCGGAGAUUUGAACCAGUACAGAAACCCCAGCACUAAAAAACUAAUUUUGAUAAAGAAAUCAAGCACCUUUAGAACCAAAUCGAUUGUCACGGGCCAAAAGACCGACCCGACCCGCACCUUUAAUAUACACACUUCACUUGGGAUUCAGAGCGAGACGUAAUUGUGAUGUGAGUGUGAGUGGUGGCGUUGAAUUGAAGAAGAUCGAUUGAAUGGACAUUGUAGAAGAGGAGGUUGAGAAGGCCAAGAACGAGUGGGAUGAGACUUUCGCUAAGUUGGUCAACCAAAUUAAGGCAAUCGAGAACUAUGGAAAAUCAAAAUCGAUUGAACAAGACAGUAAUCUUACUACGACCAAAGAUUCUCUUCCCAGGAUGAAUGGGGUUGCUCAAGAUUGUUUGGCAUUGCUUAAUUCCCUGCAAUUCAAGCUUGAUCUACUCGCUCCUCAGUUGCCCAACGAUGAUCAGGUUGAAUCGGCUAAGGCCUUGCUCGAGUCAUGGACGAAUCGAUCUCAGAGCUUGAGAGUGAGUUUGAGAAAUGCUAAUUUGAAAGCCAAGGAAAAUAUGAGAAAAGCUGCUCAGGAAGAGAGAGAAUUACUUCUAGGUGGAGGAGAAGAGUCUACAAUCCGCAGACGCAACCUACAAACUAAAGCAGGUAUGACAUCUGCUGCAGAAAGCAUCACAGAGAGCCUUCGUCGAACUCGUCAACUGAUGGUUCAGGAGGUUGAAAGAACUGCAAGUACACUGAUGACUACUGAUGAAUCAACUGGAGUACUGUUGAAGGCUGAAAGUGAGUACAAGGGCCACCGGUCAUUGUUGAUGAGAACCAGAAACUUACUCUCCACGAUGCAGAGGCAAGAUGUCAUGGACAGGAUGAUAAUUGCUUUGGGAUUUUUCUUAUUCUCUUGUGCCGUUCUAUAUGUUGUCUCAAAGCGUAUGGGGUUACUGAAGUUGCAAAGGACAGUUACUGCUGCUAUUAAGGCUGGUAUGGUUCGACAAGCAGCGAACGGACCAAGAGCUGUGGUCGAUGAUAAUGUUGUUAAUAUAUUGGACGAUCCAUUAGAAAGAGUUAUUCGUGAUGAGCUCUGAAAAUCAGUACUUUUUCCUUUAAAUAGUUUCAAUGUUCUAUAUGUGGUGUGAUAACAAUAGGCACACAAUCUUAUAUUUUUCCUUGUGUUUACCAUUUUCUUUUAGGGAAGUUCUCAUUCGUAUUUAAAAGUGAUAAAAGUCAGAAAAAAGAAAAGGGAAGUUCUCAUUUC